GCGGUGUCCGACCGGGACCAAGGGUGCGCACGGCGAUGGCGGCGGCGGCUGGCCGGGCGGGCCUGGGGCUUGCGGGCACUGGGAAGGUGCUGGGGAAGAGCGUGGAGGGGAUGGCGUCCCCGGUGUGGGUUCGUUGUCUCUUUACCAGGUCCAAUAUUCCAGACUCGGUAUUUCAGCCACGGCCUGGAGAUCAUGAAAAGUAUGGAGGUAACCCUGAGGAGCCCCACAAAAUCCAUGUUAUCACCAGAAUAAAAAGUGUCAUUGGUCGUCCAUAUUGGGAAAAGAAGAUAAUCCGUGAUCUGGGACUGGAUAAAGCACAUCAGCCAAGACUGCACAAAAAUAUCCCUUCUGUGAACUCCAGACUGAAAGUUGUUAAACAUCUGAUAAGAAUUCAGCCACUGAAGCUCCCCCACGGGCUGCCAACAGAAGAGGAAUUGUCCAGCACCUUUCUGACAAGCAGAGGAGAGCUUAUCAUUAAAAAGCGCCUGAAACCUGUGGAGCAGAAAGAAAUUAAGGCAUAAGGCCAUGGGUCAAAAGGGUGACCAAGAGUGCGACUGCAGCUGCUCUGUCUACAUCAGGCAGAAAAGGAGCUUCCAGCAACAUGGACAGAGGUGACCAGAAAAGAUCAGAGAGGAGCAACAAUCUGAACUCAUUAUUUGUCAGGAAACCUUUUGCUCAAAUCUUAAGGCAGCAUGCUACUGUUAAACUUUCCCUGUUUAUUUGCUCCUUACUACCAACUUAUCAAGCUUCAACUAAUUUUCUGCAGAGAUUUUCUGUAUUUGCUACAAAGUGCUGGUACCCUAAAACAAAAUUUGGAACAAAAUAUGGAAUUUCCAUAAUUUGGAAUUUUAAAUAGACUUUAAAAUCUAAAUAAUCCUUUGUGGUGACGCUGCACAACUCAGCAGGCAGGUCUGCAGGCCCUUGGGUGUUGCUACCACAAUAUGAAGCAGCAGCUUCAUAGCUUCAAAUUGGGCUCCUGAGGAGCUCAGAGAUCUGCAGGGGUGGCAGCACCAAUAGUGCUGACAAGGAGCUUCUGGCAGCAACUGGGGAUGACGUGAAGGCAACCAAAGAAGGCUCCACUCUUCUUCACCCUUGGAACUCAAGCCCCAGCUUUGUACACAAAGUCAGCAAUGAGAUUCCCUGCCCCAUGUGAAAUUUUUACUGAUCUACCAAAAAUUCAUUCGUAGGCUUUACAUAAGAGGUUUAUGUAACAUAGGUUUACAUAACAUAAUGCACCAAAGGCUUCAUCCUAUGAAUUUUACAGAAGUAAUGCUAAGUAAACAACAAUUAUGAUACAUUUCAUAAGUUUGUAUUACAAAGUAAUUAUUUUAGUAAAAUUAUAUUAAUAUAGUGCAGAUUUCAUUAAGGACUAAUUUCAAUAUCUGUGUUGCUCAGCACUGAACUGUUUAUGGUAGUCUUAAAAAAGAAAUCAGUGACAUUUGUGACAACAUAGGGUUCCCUCUGGUCUCCAGAGGUGAUAAAAUUAAUUUGCUUGUAAUGUAUGUUAAUCAUGCAGAGUCCUUGCCAUGAUGGUAAGCAGAUGAGGGACUGGCAAGACAAGGGGCACAGUGUUAAAAGUGCCCUGCUGGCAAAAGCUGCCUCCAGUCCAGCUCUCAUGCUGCCUGUGUUGACCCUGCCUGGCAGCCCAAGCACAGGCACAGCACUGCCCCUUGCUGCCAGGCAAGGACUGCCAGGAACAUCUCUUCUGCAUCAGCAAUGGUGGCAGCUGGAAGAAAAGUACUCUGACGCCUCCAAAAUGGUUAUUUGAAAGGCUAAAUGUGAACAUUCCUAUUACCAUGUUCACAAUUUUGGGUCAGCAGCCAGACUCAGCCCAGCUCUUCUGACCUAUCCGGUCUGCAGCACCGUUAUCCUCUCUCUGUUCUCAAAUUGAGUUUUAGACCCUUCCAAGAGUCCUGAAUGGGGUUAUUUACUCAAGCUGUACCCACAGCUACCCACUGAGUCCCAUGAAACUGAAAAAAAUAAACAUUGGGAUUUAACAUUUAUCUUUA